AUGGCGGAGAUUGUGAUUUUUCUGACCAUUAAGAAGAUUGGAGUAGCCUUGGUGACUAGAGUGGUAGACCAGGCAAGCACACAGUUUGCGAAGAACAGGACACAACUGCUAGAGCUACAGGGCAACAUGGGCCGUGUUGCCAGUGAGCUUCACAUAAUGCAUGAUGUUCUGUGUCAAAUGGGCAUACAAAACCGUAACAAUCAAGUGUAUGAGGGCUGGUUGGAGGAGGCGAGGAAAGUAGCACAUGUGAUGGAGGAUGUAGUGGAUGAGUACUUGUGUCUAGUUGGUCGGGAACAUGAUAUAGGUUGUUGCUUUUUCCUGAAGAAAGGGUGCAAAAAGCCAAGAUCUAUGCUUUCUUUGAACCGGAUAGCUUUCAAGGUGAAGGAAAUAGAGAAAGACCUUUCACACUUGUCCGAGGCAAAAAACCGUUGGGUUCCCGUGACAAUUAAUGGGGAUACUAGCAACUUGAAUUAUAUUGUCAAGAGGUCCAAAGACCUAGCAAACUUCUCGCGUUCCCUUGAUGAAGAUCUAGUGGGAGUCGAUAAAAACAGAGAAAGACUUGAACAGUGGUUGGCAGGUGAUGAUUUGAAAUGCUCGGUGAUUGCGCUGCUUGGAAUGGGAGGGCUCGGUAAAACAGCUUUAGCUGCAAAUGUGUACAAGAAGGAGAGAGAGAAAUUCCAGUGCCACGCUUGGGUCUCCAUCUCUCAAACGUAUUCUAGAGAGGAUGUCUUAAGGAAUAUAAGUAAGGAACUUUCCAAAGAUAAUAAAACCAACAUUCUGUCAAACACUGCAGAUAUGGACAUCACAUGCCUUGAAGAGACAUUGAAGAAGUUUCUAGAACAACAUAAGUAUUUAAUCAUAUUGGAUGAUAUUUGGACUCCAGAAGCAUUUGAUGAAAUAUCUAGGGUGCUUGUUCAUAAUGAUAAGGGCAGUAGACUAAUAAUCACAACAAGAGAAGGCGAUGUUGCUGCACUGGCCUCUCGAGGACACAUCUUAACAUUGGAAGCUUUACCAGAAGACAAGGCAUGGGAUCUCUUUUGUAAGAAAGCCUUUCCAAGAGAUACAAAUCAUGAAUGUCCCGUGGAGUUGAAGUCUUGGUCUGAGGAAAUAGUUAGCAAGUGCAAAGGCUUGCCUCUUGUUAUUGUGUUAGUUGGUAGCCUUUUGCGUGUGCGUGAGAAAACCGUGGAAGAAUGGAGAAUAAUAAAUGGUCAGUUGAGUUGGGAGCUAAAUAAUAAUUCGAGGCUCGAUCAGAUAAGGAAUGUUUUGCAUCUAAGCUUCAUCUACCUUCCAACACACUUGAAAAGUUGUUUCUUGUACUGCAGCUUAUUUCCAGAAGACCAUCUUCUCAAAAGGAAGGAACUUGUAAGGUUAUGGGUAGCGGAGGGGUUCAUUGAGGGAAGGGGUGAAAGCACAUUAGAAGAAGUGGCAGAAUGCUAUUUGAAGGAGUUGAUUGAUAGGAACAUGUUACAACUUGUUGAGAGGAACUCGUUUGGUAGGAUUAAAGAAUUCAGAAUGCACGAUAUCUUACGUGAAUUGGCAGUUGACUUGUGCAAGAAGAACCGUUUUGGUGUUACAUAUGAGGAUAAUUGUGGGGGUUCUCUUGAGACGGAUGGACGACGAUUGGUAAUGCACAAACUAAAUAAGGAUGUUCAACAGUCAUUUUCUAGUAUACACCAACUUCGAACUUUCAUUACACUAGACAGUAGCAUGCUAUCAUCCACUCUACUACCUCUGCUAUGUAAGGAGUCAAGAUACAUGACAGUACUAGAAUUAAGUGGUCUACACAUUGAGAAGAUUCCAGAUGCUAUUGGUGAUCUUUUUAAUCUCCGCCAUUUGGGUUUGCGUAAUACAAAAGUGAAGAUGCUCCCAAAGUCUGUUGAGAAGCUUUCAAAUUUGUUGACGUUGGACCUUUCUCGAUCUGAUAUACAUGAGUUGCCUAGUGGGAUUGUGAAACUGAAGAAGCUUAGGCACUUAUUAGCUGAGAAAACAAUUGAUCCAUAUUGGAGAGGGUUGCAAUGUUGUCGUGGUGUGCGUGUUCCUAAUGGUCUUGGGAAUCUAAUAAAUUUGCAGACGCUGCAAGCAUUGGAAUUACAGGAUGAGUCUCUUAGACAUUUAGGGGUGUUGAGGCAACUAAGAAGCUUGAGGUUAUGGAAUGUGAAGGGAAUCUGCAGUGCACGCAUCAGUGAGUCUUUGUUUCAGAUGCAAUCUUUGUCCGACUUAUCCGUGAGUGCAAGUGAUGAAAACGAGGUUCUAUUGUUGAAUGUCCUCCUGCCAAACCUGCAAAAGCUAUGUUUGAGGGGCCGACUAGCGGAAGGGGCAUUGGAGGAGUCUCCUCUCUUGCAAGCUGCUGGGGGCAAGAACCUGCAUGAAUUGGUUCUAUCUUGGUCACAGUUGAGAGAAGACCCUCUGCCAUCUCUUUCUCACCUGUCAAACUUGACAUUUCUAGAUUUCACCAGAGCAUAUACCGGAGAGCAGCUGGCAUUUUUCACGGGGUGGUUUCCGAAGCUAAAGAUUCUCUAUCUAAUAGAUCUGCCUAAUCUGAAUCAGCUACAGAUACAACAAGGUGCCAUGGCAAGCCUGGAAAGAUUAUACUUAAUCAACCUCAGCAGCUUGAUGGAGGUCCCACCUGGCAUUGAGUUCCUUAUGCCCCUGCAGCGUCUAGUUUUUUAUGAAAUCAGCAGCGAAUUCUUGAUGCUGUUGCGCCAAUUUUCUGCAAUUGAUGGGACACAAUGGCAGCAUACUCUCCGUCGUUGA